AUGUUUCAUUACAAAUCGGUUCUUUCUGUUGUCUUGGGCACAUUAUGGCUCACUUCCUCAACGUACGGAAGUGCACUCCCCAGCACCAAAGUACUUGGGGGCCGUCAAGAAGAUUACCAUUGGGUUGAUACAUGGACAUCAAUGCCGCAGCUCGUAGAGCCUGACAAUCUCCCCCCGGCACCAUAUAAAGGUUCAAAUGCCGUAUUUGCCGGUGCAACACUUCGCCAAACACUCCAUAUGUCAAUUGGAGCGGACCACAUCCGCAUCCAAAUUUCGAACACCUUUGGAGGAUCGGACCUCACUAUUGACGCCGUCGCACUUGCGCUCCCAAAUGGCGGAAAGGCCGGUGUAAAUGAUCUCCAGCCGAUGACCAUAAGAGGUCUGACAUUCAAUGGCGGCUCUCAAUCAGUUACCAUCCCUAAGGGAAAAGUGGCGUACACGGACUCGAUCGAUUUUGCUAUUAAGCCUCAAUCUAUGCUUACCGUCACCAUGUACCUUGCCAAGGGUCAGUCUGGAACUAGCAUCACAGGUCAUCCUGGGAGUAGGACGACGAGUUGGAUGCAGACUGGGCAAAGGGUUAACGAGACGAAUAUCUCCGGGGCGAAUACUAAGCACUGGUAUUUCGUCAGUGGUGUAGAAGCUUGGGCUCCGCAAAACACCAGUAGUUUGGUUAUUCUUGGUGACAGUAUCACAGAUGGGAGGGGCAGCACUGAUGAUGCUAAUAACCGCUGGCCCGACCUUCUGCUCGCCAGAAUGCAAACGGCAGGCAUCACAAACGUCGGCGUGAACAACCAAGCCGCAGGCGGAAAUGCCGUCCUCACUGGUGGGCUGGGACCAACUCUAUUAACCCGCUACACUCGUGAUGGCAUCACCCAAGCCGGCGUAAAAUACCUGUGUAUCUUCGAAGGCGUUAACGAUAUCGGCGGGGGCGGCACCGAUUCUGGCACCCAGACCCGAAUUGGCGACAGUCUCAUCGCGGCAUUCAAGCAGAUUGCCGCUGAUGCGAAGAAGGCUGGCAUAAUUACCAUUGGUGCCACGAUCACGCCGUUUGGUGGGAACGGCCAGAGUUAUAGCAACCCCACCAGGGAAGCUACGAGACAGAAAGUUAACAAGUGGAUUUUGAAUAGUGGCGGUGUUUUUGAUGCUACUGUUGAUUUUGAUAAGGCGGUUAGGGAUCCGAACCAAGCCAGCCAGCUGGCUAGUAAGUAUGAUGGCGGCGAUCACUUGCAUCCUAAUGGGGCUGGAUACCAGGCUAUGGCCGAGGCAUUUGAUCUUACAAUUUUGAGCAAGAGUGCUGCUAAGGUGUAG